GCGUGCGAAUGUCAAGGAACCCCGGCGCGGGCGCCGCGGCCGGCCGUCAGUCGCAGACCCGCCGUCGACAUGGCUGCCCGCGCGCGAGCCUCGAGAGCCUUCUGCCGGCUCGCUGCGAUCUUUGCGGUCGCGGUCCUCGCUGAAUGCGAUAUCGGUGGAGAUAUUUCUUGCAACAGGGAUGGGCUUUACGCAGAUUAUGAUACGGAAUGUCGGGAGUACGUGAGGUGCUCCGGCGGCUCUGCGACCGGCCGGUAUUCGUGUGGUCCCGGGCGUGCUUUUAGCGAAGUCGCCGGUGCUUGUGUGCCUCGACGGCAGCAGCCCUGUGUGCGCCGCGUCUGCGCUCCGGGAGAUACCCUCGCGUACGCCACCCCCGACACUGCUUGCCGACACUACUACCGCUGCGAAAACGGAACAGCCGUAGAACACGCCUGCCCUUCGGGCGCUUGGUUUGACUUGGAGCGUCAGGCUUGCACUCGCGGUGCUGGAACAUGCUAUGAGCCGUUAUGCGCUGGCUUACCCGACGGUGAUUAUCCGGACUCGUCGCAUGAUUGUCGACGCACGUUGCGCUGCCGCGGUGCUGAACUCCGUGCGGUCCAUUCGUGCGGGGGUCCAUGCGAUCCUUCGGCUACUUGUCCACCUCCGCGCUCAGCCGCGAUACCUCUGCCAGCUGGUGAUGCAGAUUUCUGCUCGGAUGAGACGUGUUCCUCGCUCUGUCAGCACGCAGAGGACGGAGCUUAUGCCGACCGAUCGACCGGCUGCCGAGAAUACUUCGUGUGCGAAGAAAGGCGCGUUAUUCGACGCGGAGUGUGCGAACCGGGGCUGCUGUUCUCAGGUGGUCAUGGUACUUCUGGGGGAUGUUUACCGGCAGAUCGCACCGAGUGUCCUCCUCCCGCUCGCAGCCCAUGCUAUAACCGCCCCGACGGUCGUCAUCGAGACUGGCGCGACUGCUCAUCCUGGUACGAGUGUCGACGGGAGCGUGUAGUUUCGCGCGGAUCUUGCGGCGGUGGACUCGUCUUCGACGGUACGAACUGCGUGCCACCGGGCGCGUUCGCGUGCGAAGGUCCCACGCCGGCGGGCGAGUGCGAGCUACGACCAAGCGGGACUUACCAGGAUUUAGAAUCCAACUGCACUCGUUAUUUUCACUGCGAGGGACAGCUCCGUACGAUGAUGUCGUGCGCGCCGGGUCUGGUGUUCGACGGCGCGCGCUGCCGCGGGGGCUCGGCGUGGCGUGACUGCCCGAGCCUGGCGACGGACGGGUGCUACGGGCGCGCGGACGGGCGCUACCGCGCGCGCGGCGCGGGCUGCCGCGGCUACUACGCGUGCGCGGGCGGCGAGAAGGCGGCGUACGCGUGUCCGGCGGGCAGCGCGUUCGACGGCGACACGUGCGUGCCGGCGCCGCGCGCGCGCUGCAGCGACGACGACUACUCCUGCAGCGGGCUGGCUGACGGAUACCAUGCCGACCUCGAAACUAAUUGCAACAGCUACUUCUACUGCGAAGGCGGGGACCGCCUGGCAACACUUACCUGCCUCGGCGGCAAGAUCUUCGACGGUCGCGCCUGCGUCGACCCCAUUCACCACGACUGCGGCGCGCCUCGUCGAGGCACCCUCGAGAACGGAGGCAGCCGCUGCGAGAAAGAUGGCUUCUUCGUACAACCGGGCACAGAGUGCAAGAGCUACUACUUCUGUGUGACGGGGGAACGGACGUAUCUGACCUGUCCGACGCAGCAAGUGUUUAACGGGCAAGUGUGCGUGCCGAGCAGUCAGUACUCUUGCCCGGGAUGAGCGGGCGGUUUCCGACCGGUGGUCCGAACAAGAUCUAAAGACCACAAUUGGGAUGUUAUUCUAAACUUAUUGAGCCAGAAUCAUCUUAACGAUAUGACGGAAAUGAAAGAGAGAACAUACUCUAUUGGUCAGAUGAUUUAGGCUUUAUAAGAGACAACCUAAUAAUGUUCCAAGGCUGUAAUGAGAAUCAAAUAACUAGGACCUACUGGGUUAGGAAGAGUUAUAGCGCUACGAGUGAGGGAGACAAGUACCUGACUGAUAUUUAUAUUUUAUAUAGGAGGCUGUGAAUAUUUAGUACCAUAGUCUUUCACUCAUCUAGGUUAGUAAGCAUCUACCUCUAGUUCACAUGCUUUACUCUGCCUUCACCUUUCAAACGCUACGCAAUGUACCAGUCAGCCAGUACUGACUGGCGGGCGAUUAUGCUUCCAAUUUUAUUACUUACCAACGUAGAGUAGAUAAGACACCUGUCACUUUCACACUGACAUACUUGCCAGGACGUGACGGAUGCUUUAUCCACGUAGAUUAGUGAUAAAAUUGCAAGCAUAAUAGGCCGGUAGGUUGAUUCACGAAAGCUGGCACGAAUGAAAUGAACGAAACUUUGUGUGAGUGACACAUGCAGUCGUAUCAUAAAGCUAGGAACAUACUACGCGGACGUCCGCCGUCGAGCUACUGCGACCGCGACCGAUCAGUGUGCACGGUCUUCGGGACGUGGCUUCGGCUGAACAAAACAUCCAUCGAGCCAG